UGUUUUGUCCAACAAUGAAUUUAUCCAACGAUACUAGCGGUGGCGGUUGCGGUGAAGAGCUGAUGGGGACGUUCGGAGUCGUAAUGCAAAUGUUUCUAGCUCUUAUAGCGUUUAGCACACUAAUUCUCAAACGUCUCACAGAGCCCGUAGAUCGACGGAGAAAGUGGAGAAUAUGGUUCGCUGAUUCCGCCAAGCAAGGACUAGCAGCCACACUCAUACACUUUCUGAACAUAGGAUUUGCAAAAUUAAGCGACCACGAUCAGUGCACGUGGUACUUUAUAAAUUAUCUGCUAGAUUCUACGGUUGGGCUUUUUAUAAUUUUUGUAUUGCUGAAGUUGAUUGGACGAGUUGCCGAUUGUCGCGGCUGGACAGCACUGAAGUCAGGAGACUAUGGACAGAAAUUCAAUAGUCGAUGGUGGUUGGCACAGUGUACAGUCUACUUAUUGAUCGCUCUAGUCGAGAAAUUCAUCAUAAUAAUCAUGUUGCAGAUUCCAUUCUGGGACGAAGUUGCAAAGCGAAUCCUUCCUAUUCCAAAUGCGAGAGUAAAAGAUGCGAUCGUCAUCGUCGUAGUACCAUUUGUAGUCAAUGUUAUUAUGUUUUGGGUAGUCGACAGUAUCCUAAUGAGCAAAUGGCAAAGGAAUAAAUUCAAGGGCACGGUGAAGUACUACAAGAAUGAAGACGACUUGUGUGACCCAGAAGACGAGGUUUUACUCGAUGAACUACUGAGUAAUCAGGAAGAACCUCGUCCAGAUUAUACCAACAAAUUGGCAUAAUGGUUAAUGAUAUUGAUUAGGCAUGCAUUUGUAGAAUACAUACUGAUGGUUCAUACAUGUACUGAUGGUAUACAUACAUGUACUGAUGGUAUACAUACAUGUACUGAUGGUAUGCAUACAUGUACUAAUGGUAUACAUACAUGUACUAAUGUUAUACAUACAUGUACUA